CCUCGGGGUCUGUGGGGAGGGCGCGGUUGCCAUGGCGGCGGAGGGGAAACAAACAUGGCGGCGCUGGGCCCGGGCUGAGGGAGAGGGCUCGGGAGGAGCGGAGGCCCGGCCGGGAUGGCGGCGGAGGAGCUCGACGAGGAGGGCGCGCUGGAGCUCUACCGCUGGGUGGACGCCAUCCCGCUCUCCCGGCCCAAGAGGAACCUCGCCCGGGACUUCAGCGACGGAGUUCUGGUGGCCGAGGUGGUGAAGUUUUUCUUCCCCAAAAUGGUGGAAAUGCACAAUUAUGCCCCGGCUAAUUCUACCCAGCAGAAGCUCUCCAACUGGGGACAUCUGAACAGGAAGGUUUUGAACAAGCUGAACUUCUCUGUCCCGGAAGACGUGGUCCGGAAGGUGGCCCAGUGCACUCCUGGGGUGGUGGAGCUGGUGCUGAUCCCGCUGAGGCAGAAGAUUGAGGAGAAGCAAAGGCAGCUGAAGAUGUCCUCAAGCUCCUAUCAGAAUUCCUUAGAUGCCCGCAACAGACGGACAGAAAGAAGCAAGAGAAUCAUGGCAAGAGGAAGAACCCACUGCUUUCUCAUCAUCCGCCAGGGACAAAAGGGAAUGAUGCAAUCUUCAUCACAGAAUCCUAGAGUUGGACGAGACCUUGUGGGCCAUCCAGUCCAACCCCAUUCUGCCAAGAAGCAGGAAUAUUGCAUUCAAAGCACCCCCGACAGAUGGCCAUCCAGCCUCUGCUUAAAAGCCUCCAAAGAAGGAGCCUCCACCACACUCCCUCUGGGGCAGAGAGUUCCACUGCUGAACAGCUCUCACAGUGAGGAAGUUCUUCCUGAUGUUCAUGUGGAAUCUCCGUUCCUGCAGUUUGAGGCCAUUGUUUCCUAGUCUCCAGGGCAGCAGAAAGGAAGCCUGCUCCCUCCUCCCUAUGACUUUCCCUCACGUAUUUAUAUAUAGCCCUCAUCAUGACUCCUCCCAGACUUCUCUUCUGCAGGCUAAACAUGCCCAGCUCUUUCAGCCACUCCUCAUAGGGCUUGUUCUCCAGACCCUUGAUCCUUUAACUCUCUCUCCUCUGGACACAUUCCAGCUUAGUCAAUAUCUCCCUUCAAUUGCGGUGCCCAGAAUGGGACACAGGGUGACUCCAGGUAAAGUGGUCUGACCAAGACAGAAUAGAAGAGAGGGGGAGCAGGACUUCCUUGGAUCUAGACACUAGACUCCUAUUGAUGCAGGCCAAAAUCCCAUUGGCUUUCUUUUGCUGCCGCAUCACAUUGUUGGCUCAUGUUCACCCUCCAUGAGGACUCCAUGAUCUUUUUCACACGUCCUGCUGUCAAGCCAGGCAUCGUCCCCCGUUCUGUAUAUUUGCAUUCCAUUUUUUUUCUGUCUAAGUGGAGUCUCUUGCAUCUGUCCCUGUUGAGGUUCACUGUGUUAGUUUUGGCCAAUCAUCUUUCUAAUUGUUAAGAUCAUUUUGAAUUCUGCUCCUGUCAUGCCUGUCACAUGGUCAGGACUCAGCUUCUUCAGCGUGUCCCUUAAGUUACACAUCACCACCCACUUAACCCCUCAACAGGUGUGUGACCACAUGUCCAUUAGAACUGUAUUUUCCACUGGUUUUACACAAUAGGGUUACAGCCAAUGCAUUCCUGACUUAACAAUGCAUUAUCUAUCUAACAAAUUGGUCACAGGGUUAUUAUUCCAGGAGAAGUCUGAGCAAAGUAGAAGAAAUGUAUCAGAAGCAACAGUGCAUAUAAUUUUUAUUUAUUUAUUUACACAAUUUUUACCCCACCUUUCUCCCUGGGGGGACUCAAGGCGGCUUUUAAUAAUCUAACUGUUGCACCCCUAGGCUGCAAAGGCACCUCAAAACCACACUGGAUCCCCAGAAUAAAAGCAAGCAAGCUGUUUAUUGACGGUUAUAUGCAAGCAAUAGCAAAUCAAAGUUCAAAGUCAAUAAAUGGGUUUGAAUCCACAAGAACAAAGUGCUUGAGAAUCUUGACGCAAGAGUCUAUAAAAGGCACUCAAAGAACAUAGUCCAAACUGGAUAUCAAAGCUAGUCCCAAGAAAGGUAUCAAGAAUACUUCAAGCAAGAUCUCAAGGAUUAAUCCAAGGCAUGAGUCAAACUAGAAACACAGGGAGCAAAACUGGAACACAGGAACAAAACUCCAAGUUCAGUCCAAGGUACAGGGUCAGUGCUGGAACAUAAGGCAAGGGUCUUGGCUGGAGCAGAAAACCAAACUGCAAAAUAACUGGAACUUCAACUGGAUACACAGAAAUCGCCAGGAGCUAGAACAAGGCUGAAACCAAAAUCAAGCGACAAAGCUGCAGGAAAUAACAUGGAAUUCACAUGGAGCACGAAGCAGAGAUCUCUGUGUCUUGAAUCAGCAAAGUUAUCACCUCUGAAUCUUUCAGAGAAAGCAGCCCUUCUUAAGGGAAACUCAAGGUCUCUUCCCGUGAGAAGCCUGCUCAUUAUUUCGUUUGAAUAGCAACCGUUUACUUCUUCUCACACACUC